AUGGCCAGCCAGCCAACACACUCGUUGACGCGACGCGGCGCACUCAUUGUCGUGGAGGGACUCGACCGCGCGGGCAAGUCGAGCCAGUGUGAGCUCCUACAAAGCUUUCUUAGAGAACAUGGAAGAGCUGUGAAGUACAUUCGUUUCCCAGACAGGUCAACGCCUAUCGGAAAGCUCAUAGAUAGCUAUUUACGCGGCUCGGCCAACCAAGACGACCACUCCAUCCACCUCCUGUUCUCAGCCAAUCGCUGGGAGAUCGCGAAGAGCAUUGAAGUGGAUAUCGCGAGCGGCAUCACUGUCAUAGUGGACCGCUACUCUUAUUCCGGGGCUGUGUACUCUGCCGCCAAGGCCAACCCCACGCUUUCCCUCGAGUGGGCAUGGCAGCCAGAGAUCGGGCUUCCUCGUCCAGAUAUCUGUCUCUUCCUUAGCAUCUCGGCCGAGGAAACUGCCAAGCGGGGGGGCUUCGGUGCGGAGCGAUAUGAAAAUGAAGCAAUGCAGACUCGCGUGCGCGAUCUUUUCCGCUCACUGUUCGACCGCCAAGAAGAUGUUGAGGUUAUUGACGCCGGGAGAUCACUGGAGGAGGUAUCCCGAGAUAUGCAGGCUGCGGUGACAGCUUGCUUCGAUCGGCUGGACGCAAUUGGUCCGUUAAGGGCGAUGGAAGGGCUUGCCAACUAA